GGAGCCGGGCGGCAGCCGCAGCCGCAGCCGGGGCCGAGCCCAGCGCAGCGCAGCGGGGACAUGGAGGCCGCUCCGACGGAGCCGUGCCCGCCCGGGCCGCCGCCGCCGCCGCUCCCGGAGAAGAAGAAGCUGCAGCGGGCGCCGUCCCCGGCUCGGCCCAAGGAGGUGCCGGGCUGGUCGCUGGCCAGGAGCCGGCGCGGCGGCUCCGCUCACAGCGCGGCGGCCUCGAGGCUGUCGGCGGGCGGCGGCUCCGGGCACCCGCGGCGGGCGGGAGGAGGCAAGGAACCGCGACCCGACAAGCGGCCGCGGGCGACGGCGGCGGCGGCCCGGGGCGGCGGCAGGGGGGGGGCGGCGGGACGCGGAGCGGCGAGGGCGAAGGGGCGGGGGGCGGCCUGA